ACAAAUUUAAUGGGCUAAAAGCCCAAACGAAGCUCCAAAUGGAUCUUCAGCUCCUUUUACUUCUCUAUAUUUCAGCUUAUGAUUUACUCCUCUGUUGUUGCGCGCGCGCACACAAAAAAAAAGAAAAAUUACAAACACUAGUUCUCUGAAUUAUCCAAAAUAUAAAUUGGGCAGGCAAUGCUGAAAGUGAUACAGAUUCAAACAGCCAAUCAAAGUGACAGCAAUGGAGGAAGCGGCAGGCGCAUCCAUACGUUCCGAAAGAUCUGAAACUGCCGGGAUACGUACCAAUCUCCAUGUCCAUGUCAUGUCCAUCCUCUCUGUCUACCUCGCUUCUUCCCUCUUCGUCGUCACCCUCGUCUGGUUCCUCUUUGGGAGAAAGAAAGGGAAGCUUGAGAAAUUGCUAAUGUGCUGGUGGGCAUUCUCCGGUCUCACUCACUUGGUUCUUGAAGGCUAUUUCGUUUUCUCCCCUGAGUUUUUCAAGGACAACACUUCCUGUUACCUCGCUCAAGUCUGGAAAGAAUACAGCAAAGGUGAUUCGAGAUACGCAGGCAGAGACUCCGCAGUGAUAGCUGUUGAAGGGAUCACUGCUGUUAUAGAAGGCCCUGCUUCUCUUCUUGCUGUAUAUGCUAUUGCUAAGGGGAAGACGUACAGCUAUGUGCUUCAGCUUGCGAUUUCUCUUGGUCAGCUCUACGGAUGUCUUGUCUAUUUCAUUACUGCUUUCUUGGAAGGAGAUAACUUUGCGACAAGCUCUUUCUACUAUUACUCUUACUACAUUGGAGCUAAUGGAUGGUGGGUCUUGAUACCUUUACUCAUUUCUUACCGUUGCUGGAACAAGAUUUGUGAAGCUGCUACCAAUGGGGUGGAGACAAAGAUGAAGAAGAAAAUCCGUUGAAUGCUACUCUUUCCAAAGUUCUUAGUCCUUAUCAUCUCUUUUUGUAGUUUUGAUCUUUGCUCGGUUUUCUACAAAGCUGUUCUUCAGUCAGGUUCCUUGUAAACUUGUGUUCUGCAAUUGUAAUUGGUUUCAUGUUUAAUGAUGUUAUAACAUUGAGCAAGGGGCAUAAACACAUGCCUCCUACAAAAGAUAGUUUAUCCAUUUUCAUUUA